CUCUUACAUAGUAAGACAUACAAAAAAAUAAAAUAGAUUAUAAGGGAAAGAAAAAAGAAAAAACGUUAUAUACUAAACAAUUUUGCAUAAGCUUCUAGAACAGACUUGCAUUUAUUAUUCUAUAUCAUAUUAAGUGAUGUGAAAUAUGAAUCCAUUUCCACCCAAAAAAUAAUUUAAAAGUCGUCUCGUCGUGUUCACCUGGAGCUGAACUUAGUGUGACGUCACCCAGAACGCGACCAGUCCAGCAGCAAAACAUUGUGUGACGUCAUAAAGUACCGUUGUGUUCUCACCAUAGAACGCAGUCAAGAUGUAGACACUGAUAUCUGAAAGCGAAAAAACUAAAGACCUAAAGGCCAAAACACUUAACAACUACAGGGCACAGUUUCGAGAAGAGUUCAGAGUGAAAGUUUAUCGGCGGCAGCGGAGAUUUCUUCGAGUCCCCUGCAACCAAUUAGAACAUGGAGGAAGCGUCGGAAGCAGCAUCGGAUGCAGUGUCGGAGGUCGUGUCGGAGUUAGCUUCGGAGGCCCUGUCAGAGGCAGCGGCGUCAGAAGCAGUGUCGGAGGCGCCGUCUGAGGCCCCGUCGGAGGCCACGCCAGCGGACACUUUGGAGGCUGCACCAGCGUCGGAGGCCACAUCAGAGGCUACACCGACUGCAGCGUCGGAAGCAGCGUCGGAAGCAGCGCCAGAAGCAGCGCCGCAAGCUGCGACGGAUUCAGCGCCGGUGACUGCGUCGGAUCCUGCGCCAGCGGCACCGUCGGAUUCCGCACCGACUGCAGCGUCUGAUUCAGCGCCAGUCGCAGCGUCGGAUGCAGCGCCAGUCGCAGCGUCAGAAGCCGCUCCAGAAGCAACGUCGGAGGCAGUGCCAGGGACGGAAGGAGUUCAAUUCCCUCGUAUUUAUGUGGAAAGAACUUUGGCAAUCAUUAAACCAGACGCCAUUCACAAAAGUGAGGAGAUUGAGGACAUCAUUCUGACGUCGGGCUUCACCAUUUUACAGAAGAGGAAACUUCAACUUAGCCCCGAGCAGUGCAGUGACUUUUACACCGAACAUCAUGGAAAACUAACCUUUCCCAAACUGACAGCAUACAUGAGCUCCGGUCCAAUCAUUGCUUUGACUCUGGCUCGGGACAACGCAAUAGCCCACUGGAAGGCCAUCAUUGGACCUGUCAAAGAUGCAGAUACUCACCCAGAAUGUCUUCGAGCAAAAUAUGCUACGUCUGAACUGGAGAACGCGCUCCAUGGCAGCGAGUCAUUUCAUGUGGCAGAGCGAGAGAUCAAAUUCAUGUUCCCAAACACACUAACUGUUCCCACAAGAGAGGAAACUGAAGAAUACCUAAGUCGAUACGUGAACCAAACUUUGCUACAAGGACUCACUGAGCUCUGCAAGCACAAACCCCUCAACCCCUGUGUUUGGCUUGCUGAGUGGCUCAUCAAAAACAAUCCAAACAAGCCACAAAUAUGCGAUGAAGCUGCUGACGUUGAGGCAGAGGAACUUCAGGGGAAGGAAUGACAGUACAGGAUAUGAAAAUGUGAUAAAUAUGUAUGAAUAUAAACUGACGUUCCCCCAAAAAUGGUUAAACACACCUGUGUUGUUUUUGGCAGUCCUUUUAAUUUUAAUCUUAGGCUUAGCCAUUUGGACGAAAAUUCUUUAACGUUAGUCUUAGUCAUAUCUUAGUCACUAUUUCAAAAUGGGUUUGUCGUCGUCUAGUUUUCGUUGACGAAAUCUCAGACUUAAUUCGUCCAGCUUCAGUCGACGUUUACUCAGAAUGUUUUCGUCUGUGAAAUUCAAAAGUUUUAGUCCAAAAAUAAAUAAAUAAAGGUUUCCAACAAUUUCAAAUGAACAUUGACAGACGAGCACAUAUUGUAGCGUCUGCAAUGACAACGCCAAGUUCCUGGUGAUAAUACACACUCAGCAGCAAAACAGUUCAUUAUUUUCAAUUAAUUAUACCUACUUGGAAGCCUUGUACUGAGUGUGGAAAAAAAGUGAGGUUUAAGAGGACGCUCGCGUUUAGCACUAGCCUAAUGAUGACGCGAAUGUUAUGUUAAUACUAUUAGUUACAUUUCGUGAGUGAUGAGAACUCAGCACAGAAUAAAUUGGGACAAUUAGAGGUCGACCGAUUUGGAAUGUUCAAAUGCCGAUACCGAUAUCUAAAAACAAAGAAAAUUCAGCCAAUUGCCGAUAACCAUAGUCAAUUUUGUAAGCUGAUUACCAUAUUUGAGACAGAUAUAUAUGGCGGAAAACACAGACAAGACUGAAAAAGCAGUUUCUGCUCUUGCACUCCUCUUUAAAAGAAACUGCUGUAUUUUAAGCCAAAACAACUGUUGUGUUUGAUAGGACAAUAUGUGAGAUGUAAACAGGGGAGAGUGAAAGUUUGAGAGGAUGCUUGCCAUCCUAAUGCUAACGCGAAUGCUAUGCUAAUGCUGUGAGUUAUAUUUAGAGUGUAAUGAUCACUCAAUACCUUAAAAAGCCAAAGCAACAAUGCGUGUACAAAAAUGCAAGGUAAAAAAAAAAAACAAAAUUUACAUAACAGGCAAGCCUGAAGCUUCCUGUAGCAGCCUGCCUUCAAGCUGCUGCAGGGUCCUUCCGGGGUCCUACCAUCAGUUAGCGGCGGCCACAGUUGCCCACACAGAUGCCUGAUCAAAAUCCAUUUUUAUUGACUUAAUUUUUUUAGGAAAUAGACCUAUGUAUGGGCAAAAAAAGUACAUUUAUCGGUCCAAUAUAUUGGUCGACCUCUAGUAAAGAUAGAAUCCCAGUUAACAAUAUUGAUUGUGCUACAGCUACAAUUUUUUCAUUAAAAAUAAUUUUUGGGGAAAAUGGGGGAGUCAAUUUAUCAGUCCGAUAUAUUGGUCGACCUGUAGUAAAAAUAUAAUCGCAGAUAACAAUAUUGAUUGUGCGACAGCCACAAUUUUUUCAUUAAAACUAUAGGUCACAAU